AUGGGCGGCGGCCCGCACGGCGGGCCGCCGGUCGGGCUCCUCGUGCUGAUCGUUCUCUGCUCCGCCGCGCUGCUUGGGGGCGUGGCCUUCUUGGUGUACUCCAGGAUCCAAAAGCCAGAUGACGAAGCCCGGGGAAAGCUGCUACCGCAGUCUUGA